GGCUUUUUUCGGCGAGGCGAGCGGAGCGAACCGACAAGCAAAAACGCGGAGGCCCAAAACAAGAGGUUGGUGAUGCGUUGGCGUUGCAUUGAGUAAAACUCAGGCUUCUUUGCUGCCCCGGCACGGGGUGGCCUCACGUUUGAGACACCGGGAUUUGAUGUUAGGAGCUCUAAGUCCCAAUUGGGCAAAACGACGCCGCCAGGGAGAAAGGUUUGCGAAUUUGGAAUGCACGAAGCCAACUAACACAUGAAGCUUCAGGUCAUGAACUAAUCGCCAACUUCAACUACCUAGUACAUGAAAACAGCAAGACCAUUCAUGCCCAAUUUCGUAAACUAAACCGAUUUCAUAUUUACUCAAUGACAACUCUACUACAGUAUCAGAGCCUCGGCUUUCAUCCUGUUAAGCUUCGCGACCCAACCCCUAACACCACGAAUAACACCAUCCCAUCCUUCAUCCCUCAUCGCUCAUGGACAUUGACCGGGAUAUUCAACCGGCUGGUGAUAAUAGGAGUCCUGCUCCAGAUUCACAAAUCCAAAAAUCAACCGCCCAGUCAGAAACGGCUGCUACGCUGCUAAGCAGCGAUACCGAACCCGACCAAAGCAGUAAUGCGCCGUUAGAUGUCAGAUCAGGAGAAGAUGACUUCCGCCCUGGAUUGCGUCUAUGGGUUAUCAUCAUCGGAUUGGGUGUUACGCUAUUGCUAACAGCAUUAGAAAACACGGUUAUCACUAUCGCAAUACCAACAAUCAUCUCUGAUCUCAACAUGGGAGAAAACUACAUCUGGAUAACGAACGCCUUCUUCAUAUGCAGCGCAGCCAUUCAGCCUUUUGUCGGCCAAUUAUGCAAUGUUUUCGGUCGAAGAUGGAAUAUGUUAAUCAGCGUCGCCGUUUUCAUUAUGGGCAGUGGUCUCUGCGGUGGUGCGAGAAAUGCCGCCAUGAUGAUCGCUGGCCGAACAAUUCAAGGAUUAGGAUCAGGAGGCAUUACUUUGCUCAACGACAUCAUCGUAUCCGACUUAGUUCCUCUACGUUAUCGUGGCAACUACAUCGGAGUUAUUUUGACCAUCUAUGGGGUUGGUACGACUCUUGGCCCCUUCAUCGGCGGUUCCAUCGUCGCCAACACAACGUGGCGUUGGAUCUUCUAUCUCAACCUCCCCAUAGGCGGAGUCUCGCUUAUGAUUCUUUUCUUCUUCUUACAUGUCAACUACAGUGACCAGUCAACAUUUACGCAAAAGAUAAAACGGAUCGACUUUCUGGGCAACGCUGUACUAGUAGCUUCCACUAUUUCAGUACUUUACGCCUUAGCAUACGCCGGUGCUAAUUACAGCUGGGCUUCGUGGAAUAUACUUGUGCCAUUCCUCCUCGGCUUCCUCGGCUUCUUCAUUUUCGGAUAUACACAAGGCGGUCGGUUCGCGGCUGCAGAACCGGUGAUGCCUCCUCGCCUCUUCAAAACUCGCACGUCCAUCAUUGUUAGCAUCAACACGUUCUUUAACUCUGCACUAACGUUCUGGAGUGUAUUUUUCCUUCCUGUUUACUUCCAAGCGGUCAAGCUUUAUGGACCACAGUAUUCUGGAGUGGCUCUCCUACCUAUGUCUCUGGUUGCAAUCCCAGGGGCAGCUAUCGCCGCAGUGGCGAUCAGCAGAUGGGGCCGUUACAAGCCAGUUCAUAUCGGUGGAUUCGCCCUCUUCAGUCUCGGUCUCGGACUUUUCACACUUCAGAGUCCCGAUAGCACCAUCGCUCAAUGGGCGAGUUACCAGUGUGUGGCUGCUCUGGGUGGAGGCGUAUUACUCAAUUCUCAACUACCUGCGUUUCAGAGUGCUGUGCCUGAGAGUGAUCAAGCAGCCGCCUCCGCAGCUUGGGGCUUCAUACGAAGUUUCGGUUGGGUCUGGGGUGUGGCAAUUCCAGCGAGCGUCUUCAACAACCGAAUCGGCCAGUUAGUCGGCGAGAUAUCAGAUCCUAAGGCUGCACAGAUGUUGGCUAGCGGGGGAGCGUACGGCUCGGCAUCGGCUGAGCAGGUCAUGCAGUUUCCAAGCUCCAUUCAGACCGAAAUAAGGUCUGUUUACUCCCAAGCGAUCCAACGCGUAUUUCAAGUAUCUAUUGCAUUUGCUGGAGUUGGAUUUCUCUUGUCUCUGUUUGAGAGCGAGAUUGUGCUGCGGAAGACAUUGGAUACGGAGUAUGGCCUAAAGCAUGAGAAUGAUCGAUACAAUCGGCCGAAAGCAACUAGGACAGCUGAAACGGUUGAGAAAGCCAAUAAACGGGUAGCCGAUGAAGGUAACCGAGCAUGAUGUUAUACAGAGCAUAUUGUCAGGGGCUACGAGCAAGGGGCUAGAUAACAGCUAGUUAGCUGCGGCCUGUAUAAUACUGGGACGAAUAUGUAAGGGGCCCGAAGGCCCCAAGGGUUUUGGGAGAGUGACAGGCAUUAGUCAAGGUCUUUUACUACAUAUAAGCGAGCCAAAGGCG